AUGGAUCACCUUGGCCUGAGAUUACCCGAAGGAGCCGUUCCUGAAUACCAUGGCAAUACCUACGACGGCACUUGCUCGUUUCAGGAGUUCCCUAACCAACAAGGCUGGAAACUUAACACGUCUACCGGAAGAGUCACACCCAGUCAGGAGUCGAUAAUUACAUUUCCAGGGGACUUAACCAUGAGGUAUUCAACAUUCAUGCAGUCGUGGCUGUUCUUCGGGCUGAUUGCAGCUGUGGUGUUUGACGAAGACGCCCCAAAAUUCAAGCCCCAGCUCAAGCUGCUUGUUGCCGAGGAAGAAGACAAUGUGAUCACCAAAUGCUUGCCACAAAUUCUACAAGACUGGAGAAUCAGGGAGAUGAAUUCCGACAACGCUCGUGGCCGGAAGAUGCGAAUGAUUCGUGCCCAGCUCACCCUGGACUUGGCCCGGAAGGUUGUCAAUACCAACUGCUCGCUAGAGAAUCUGGGAGGCAACAAUGAGAAACGGUCUCCACUGCAUCUGGCACCGGAACUUGCUUUAUCCUUGAUGAUCAUCGGAGAGACCUUGACGAACGCAAAAGCGAAUAUCAUCAAACAGACUGGUUUUCAUGUACGGGGUUGGUACGGAGAUACGGAAGAGGGUUGGGGAACACCCGAGGCCGUGACUAGGUGGAUGAAACAGGAUCAUUGGUGCCCAAGACUGAUCAAACUUCUCCGAACUCAGCUGCGAUAUAACGCUACCGCCUUGUUGGGUGUUUAUGCAUCGCAUGUAGGCGUCGUAUCAUUCGAAGGUCACGGUGCCUGCAACGAAGUCGAUGACUGCAAGGUUACAUCUCAAGAUCCCCUAAACAGCAAGGAAUACGCGACCAAACAUCAUCCUCAAUGCACAGAUGGAAAGGGAACCAGUGCUUGCCAGAUGCGCGGUGUAGACAUGAGAAAUGUUAUCGCACUCAUCACUGCGGGCAAGAUUCCUUUGCUGAGGUUGCAGUCAUCUACCGAAAGCGAACAGCUUCAACUGGAACUAACCGACGACACCCUAUCUCCCGAAUACGCUACAAUCUCACAUGUAUGGUCAGAUGGCUAUGGCAACGAAAAUGAUAACAUGUUGUAUGACUGUCAGCUACAAUACUUUCACGACCUACUGAAAUGGGCCCAGAGGUCGCGCAUGCCACACAAGAGAGGCCAGGCAUGGAAAAACGCGAAACCACUCCCAUUUUGGAUAGAUACCCUUGUGAUCCCUGUGGGAAAGUCAGAAGAGCAAAAAGUUGCUCGGACCAAGGCUAUCGCUCAGAUUCAUAACGUUUUUUCGAAGGCGAAGUACACUAUUGUUAUCGACAAUGGACUGGGCGACAUGACUUGGGAUGACAGAGACUACACAACGACUGCUAUGCGGAUCUUGGCAAGUGGUUGGAUGCGUCGGCUUUGGACAUUACAAGAAGCAUUUCUCAGCCGAAAAUUGUUGUUCGCUUUCAAAAAAAGUGGCCAAGAUGCUCUUCCACUGGUUGACCUUGACAUCAUCGAGGACCUCUACAAUGACACCGAAACAGAAUUGAUCUCAAACCUUCCAGCAACAGCCCAGAUUUAUUAUAACAAUCUUCUCGGGCCGGAUCGUAAAGCACGCAUACACAGACUUACGUCCACGAACGGCGUGGGUCUCAUUGCUAGUGUUUGGAAAGCAGCACAAUGGAGGACAACAAGCCACAAAGAGCACGAAACACUAGCACUUGCGACACUUUUAAACCUCAAGUCCGAAAAGACUUCGUACAAAAAAAAUCCAUUCGAACACAACGAUCCGAGAUACAAGGCUUUACUUGAAGAUAUGAUGGUGACCUUUUGGAAGGUUCUCGAAGAAAAUUCUCCCGGUGCCAUACCCCCCGGCAUAAUAUUCCUUCCGGGCGACCGCAUCAGGAAGAUCGGGUUCGGCUGGGCGCCCACAACAUGGAUGUCUGCCCACGGUGUCGAUCAUCCUGAUCCUAUAUCCCUCAUCUCGAGACCUGCAACGCUCGCACCAAACGACUACGGUCUUUCAGUUGAGUAUCCUGGCUUCCUUCUCCACUGUAUCAAAAGGGACAAUGUAUUGAGACCAGCCGAUGGAGGAGGAUUUUGGUUUCCAAGCGACAAUACAUUGACUGAGUGGUACCACGCGGAGUUCGCGAGCACGGACUAUAGUCCAAACAGGGGUAUCAUAAACGAGACUCGUAGCGAAGAUCUUGCAAUAAUUCUAUGCAGGCCAAGACCGCGUCAUAGAGCUGAGAUCGGUCUGCUCGUUGAGAUCCACAAGACGGUCAAGCAGCGCGAGCUAGGCAAGGAUGACGUGAAACGCAUCUUCGCUGUGUACAUCCGACAUAGAAUCACUCUCAAACGUGAACUAUCCGAUGAAAAGAUACAGGAAAAGAGGAACGAGAUUCUACAAAGUCGGUUACCCAAUAUUCAAUCCAAGAUAAUAUGUGGUGAAGUCCUUGAGGAAGAUCAACGAUGGUACGUCGACUGCCGCAUCACUUCAGUAGAGGAAGGCAAUGGGGAGGAAGCGCAGUCAACGUCGGAAGUUCCGCAAACACAACCCUCACGUACAAGAAACAGUCCGUUCGGCAAUAGAGGAGCGGCAGAGACAGGUGUGCAAGGUGAAUCAGAGAGAGGAACAUCAACAGCUGGAACAGAAGCAGAUUUGAGCGACGAUGCAAGGACAAUCGAUGUACCUGUUACUCCGAUUGGUAUGGUAGCUAGCGUGCAUUCGCGUGCUGCAUCACCAACUACGACAGAUCUCGAUAAAGUUCAGGUCAUAGGAACCAGCGAUCCGAGACUAGAAGUCGACCCACCCAUCAAUGCACCCAACAGAACGCCGACAUCUGUUUCUAAUCAACAUCGGAAAUUUAGUUUGAAGAAACUGCUGUUUCGUUGA